AUGGCGUCAACAGCGACCCAUCUUGUUGUUAUUGUCACCAUGUUGGUCUCAUCCCUGGCCCUAGCAGAAUCCAACAUGCUUCAAGACUUUUGUGUUGCUGAUUUGUCCAAUGCUGUCAAGGUCAACGGAUACACAUGCAAGGACUCAACACAAGUAACACCUGAAGACUUCUACUUCCAAGGCUUAGCCACAGCCAAAGCAGCUGGAAACUCCUCCACUGGAUCCAUUGUAACCGGAGCCACCGUGGAGAAGCUACCAGGACUCAACACUCUUGGCCUCUCCAUGUCUCGCAUUGACUACGCACCAAACGGUCUUAACCCACCUCACGUUCACCCACGUGCCUCUGAGGUCAUCUUUGUCCUAGAAGGUCAGCUCUACGUUGGUUUUGUGACAACCGCAGGGAAACUCGUUGACAAGUACGUUAACAAAGGAGAAGUGUUCGUUUUCCCCAAAGGGCUUCUUCAUUUCCAGAAGAACAUUGCUGGAUCAGCUCCAGCUUCUGUGCUAGCAGCUUUUGAUAGCCAGUUGCCUGGAACACAGUCACUUGUGGCAUCUCUCUUUGGAGCUCUUCCUGACAACAUCCUCGUUGAUACGUUUAAGAUCAAACCCAAACAGGUUAAGACAAUCAAGGCCAGAUACCAACCAAAGAAAUGA